CGCAGUGACUCGGUUACAUUGAGCACAGUGAUCUGCAGCCUAGCAUUACAGCUCGGGGAUGUUUAGCUCGUAUGAACCGACCGUUAUAGCGACCAUGUGUCGUGCUUCUGCUCUAUAGCCGGCUUAUAUGUUAAACACGUCACUGUAUGGCAGCUCCAACAUGAUGACUUACCAGGUUACUGCAUCGCUACCCACCGCAAGGGCUUUAGUAUCAGAGGGAGGCUCAAAUUGCAGCCAGCAGCGCGGCCCUGAUGCGGCUACACAUCCGACCUACAGGAGCUACGGGAUGAGAGCAGGUGGAGGACAAGCGGCUGUCAGACAAAAUGGUCACACACGGAGGAAACUGCCUGUGCUGCAGCCCCUGAGCAAGUCCAGGGAAUGGCAAACCUUGGUGAGCGGCUUCAUAGUUGCAGGGUCACCGAACUUAGCCAAAGAUGACAGACUGGAAACAGAGAACAGCGACCCGGAGGGGGACAUCUGUGGGAGACACUUUCUUUUUGAUAAACAAUGUGCAAGGUUAGAGAGGACCAGGACUGUGAUUCCCCCGCUGCCAAGAGACUACCAUGUGCACAGACCUGGCAACCUGCAUCCCUUCAGCCUCUCCAAGGAGCUUUCCCACAGCCACGCAAGGCGGCCUUUCAACCUGAGCUACCCUGAGAGAUAUGAAGUGAACACAUCUCCAGCCAUCCUCUUCCCCUCCUCUUUAGUCCUCAAUGGCAGAAACACGUUCUCAGUCGAGAGCUGCAAGCUCAGCAGGCCCAAGGUGAAUUAUCCAACCUCCAACCUACUGACUGUUAAAGACAAUCAAAAGAACCAGUCCUAUCCGGACCCCGUGGUCGGAGCCUCGCGUUCCUUCAUCCACAGGAUAUCCGAGCUGUCCUCCUUGGAGGGUGAGACGGUGAGACAAGAAAAGCUCAAGAAAAUGAAGAAACCCAAAAAACCACCAUCCUGACAAUCAACAUCUUCCCAGUCACACUGGUCAAGGAUCAAAACCCUCGAGUCCGUGCCAACGACCGAUGAACUAAACAAAACAUUAAAGGCGCCAUUUUCCUUUCAGUGGCUUGUUCUGACUGCUUGUUUGUCCUCAGUGGUAUUAGUUUCCAGCUUAACAUGGCUGGUCUUCACAUUUUGGGAUUCCUGACCUGAGCUCCUCUCUAUUAGUGAUUACAUGUGGUAUUUACUGUGGUAAAUUGCAGCGUUUGCUCCAACAAUAAAUGCUGAUGAUGAAUAUUAGACUAAAUAUCUUCUAUUCUGACUCACAGCUGUCAGUAGUUUCCCACUCAACAUCUGCAUGAAAGAUAUUUAUUUAACCCCUCUAAUGGCUUGUAAUGGCUGUUAUGUAAUGCUGCCAUAUUUCUUGCUGUAUCAUGGAUAUGUUGCAGAAGCUGUCAAGCUUUGAUCUCAUUACAACAGUGUUUCAAACAUUGCUGUUUAAGUGGAAUAUCUAUGUACAUAUUAAAUAGUUUAGCAAAACCAUUAUUGUGCCUUGUUAAACGUCUUCCUGAAAUUAAAAUAAAUUUAUUUUUGUUAUUGUUA